AUCGGUAAUUUUAGAACAUGGACGACCGACCGAGCGACGACGUCUGCGCGCUUCUGAGCAUGGUCUGCGCCGGCGAUGCGACCAACCCAGACUGGGGGGUCAUCCUCGAGCUUUGCGAUGUAGUGGGCGCCAACGCUACCGACGCCGAGGCAACGAGCCGAGCGAUCCAGCGCCUCCUCAGCCGCCGCGAGAGCGAAGACCAAGUUUCUUUGGCGCUGGUCACGACAGAGACGAUCAUGAAGAACUGCCCGUCAUUCGUUGAGCUUGUGGCGAGCCGACUUUUUCUCCAAGAAAUUGUCGCCCUCGUGGACGGCGACGGUCGCUAUCCCGACGCGAGUGCUCGAGCGCUACGCAUGCUGCAAGAAUGGUCGACCGAGUAUCCGUCGCAACCUAUGUUCCGUGAUACGUUUGUGCAGCUCCAGCUGCAGAGUGCGUCGGCCAGCAGCACUGACCAUGACGAGACGGUAUCUGCUAAGCCAUCGCUCGCGCACGAGUUUGACAAGCUGCGCCAAGACCUCGUCGUGGUAGAGGACAAAAUCAAGACGUACGUCAAUCUUGUGGCGCUUGGCAACUGUGAAGACGCCGACGAUGUUUUGGACUUCCUGCAGCAAUGCCAGCCGCGCAUGAAUACGCUCAUUGAGGCCGGCCUUGCGGGCAAGCUCGACGAGGCAACGCUGGAAACGUGCCUCACGGUUAACGACCGGUUGAUCAAGGUGCUUGAGGGAAAUGUAAGCGCUGACAACGAUAGCGAGCCAAAGGCACCGGCCUUGUACAGUCUCAACGACACAAACCCCGAUUACGUCUCGGGUCCGUUUUCGACGAUCGCUCUUUCAGAGCCACCACCUGCGCCCCACCGCUACCACCCGGACAUGGUCUAGGUCUAUGACUCAAUGACGAUCUUCGCACUUCUCGAGGAAACAGACCAUUUGUAUGCGUUGCAUAAGAUAAUGGUCCAAGAGUUGCUUGCGGUAUACAUGGUGCGUUGUAGUUAAUACGGCGAAAAGGGGUUACUGGGGAG